AUUGCGAAACCUUAAAGUCGUCACGCAAAGGUAAAGAAAGAUUCUCUUGACAGCGUUAGCGUAUCACGUUCCUUUCCCAUGUUAUUCCUUUCAGACGUCGUCAUCUUUGCAAAAAAGGAAAACUCAUAGGUUGAUGUUUUAAACCACUUCAUCCGCUUGAGUUUCGUUUUUAUUUGGUCCAUAAAUCGCCUUUCUAUCGUAGUAUUUUUUUUAAACUACGCAUGAACAUCUUCUGGAGUUUUGUUCGAUAUUUAUCCCUUGUGUCUGACCAUUUUCAUCUGCUGAAGACGAGAAAACGUGAUUCUUUUCUAAGAUCGCUCAAUACUGCACGAGUCGUGGAAUUUUCAUCAACAAAUUAGCUUCUUUUUGCCCUAUAUGCCAUCGAGGGAUUUCGAUAUGCUGCAUUUAACGUUCAUUUCAUGAGUGAUAUUUUUGUUAAACAAUUCGUGAUUUCGAGUACAAAUUGCAGUUUACAUCCUGUAGCUUUGAGGAAGUCACUUCGUCAUCACUGCGUCUCAAUCCAAGAUGGCGGAUCCACAGACAUAACACUUCUUUACAAAAUAUUUUCGCGACUCUGGAGUCUGGAGAGUAGUUUCUUCUGCCAGUCAAUAAAUAACUUUUACUUAUUACCGGUCUAUUUUAAAUGGAUUAAGGUAAUAUGCCUACAAGAGGAUCACCCAUUGCUUUUGUAACGAAUGACAACUUUCACGGUUUUUUAAGCCAUGAAAUUUUGAGACUUAAGAUUAUUCUUUUGAGGCUCUAUUCGUGAAACAAAAGUGAUUUAUCUUGUUCGUUAAAGAUGUCAAUUUUUUUGAAAAACUUACUGAUAAAAUCGUGUUAUAAUCCCGGAACUGCGGAACACACUUUCAUGUAAUAACCUAGGUGAAACAUCAAAUUUAUGGCGGAAAUUGCGUUUGAACUUCAACAAUUAUUCAUUCAUCAGUCAAAUGAAAUGUGACAAUACAUCUACAUGCAUAUCUUUUUUUUUAAUUUACCCGAGUUUAUUUCCUUGAAUUCCAAAGAAAGCAUACACACAAAUCAUCAUUGAGGCCUAUAUCUUUAAAUCGUAGCGACUCAUGUUAGAAUAAUCUUUGUUUAUUAUUGUGACUUUAUCAACCAUCUUGGGUCGAAUAGUAGCGGUGAGAACAUUACAAGAUGGGAACAUUCUAGAAUCUCUUUUUUCUCCGCUUCGUGAAUGAGGCCAUAAAUGGAAAUCCCUCACGGAGAAAAACCUAUCUAUUUUACAUACACGUAUGUUGACGUAUGAUGUUGAGAACAAUAACCAGUAGCGGUUGGGUAAUUAUUGAAACUCUUGUUUCUCCGAUUCGUGAAUGAAGUCAUAAACGGACAUUACUACAUGAAGAAAAAUCUGCUUUUAAUUUGGCUUUACAAUUGAUGUUGACAACAACAGAAUAUUCAUCAUUAAAUUUGUAAUGGUGAGAACAUUCCAGAAACUCCCUUUGCUCUACUUCGUGAUAUGAGAUUUUAAACGGAAACCACUUGAUGAAAAAAACCUGCAUUUUAUUAGGAUUUUAUUGGUUUUGAGAACAAAUUAUUCCUCAUUAAUUUAGUACCGAUGGCUAUUGCAUAGAAUCUCCUUUCUUCUGGGACGAGGUUAUAAAUAGAGGGACAUCACUAACACCUGCAUUUACGAUUCAUUGGGAUGAUUUUUGGAUGCUAACAAAAGACAAAAACAAAAUGCCGGUCACUGUUGCCAAUAGCAACAACGUGGACCAUGUUGAAGAGGAACGAUAUCGACGGACCUCCUUUGGGUCGCUCUCGGCGGUCGACGAUGUCGUACGAAACCUGUUGCUACGACCAAACGACAUCAGGAAGUGUCAGGUGAACCCGUUGACGCACCGCGGCAAGCAGAUCCAGCUGGGCAAGAUGCUGUUGCUGGUCCUGGUCCCGAUUACAGCCCUGGCCAUCCUUGCGGUCCUGGAUCUAAAGAGUAUUGCUUACAAUAACAGUGUCGAUAUCGAGAUCCGUAACGUCAUCCGGUUCAGUCGAAACAUCGGUCUCCUCCUCAGCCGGUUGCAACGAGAGCGUGACAUGACCGCCCUCUACGUCAGCGUGAUUGCACCAAACAGCAAGGCAUUCCUGACAGAGACAUACCCCUUGACCGACAUAGCACUCGAUGAACUUCAGGAGUGGCCGGUGGAAACCAGUAUUCUCAACGAGCUGCCCUUCUUUCGAGAGAAGAACGACUUCAAGGAAAAUCUUGAGCGACACCGCCAGCGUCUACACCACGAGAAUACCACGGUGUAUAGAGAGAUCGAAUUUUACACCGACAUGCUGCAGAUCUUCAUCGAUUGGCUCUACGAGAGCGUCGGGAACUCACAGGGGCACGGCUCAUGGCAGAUCCUGGUCGCCUACCAGCUCCUCAUCGUCAGCAACGUCGAUACGGGUAUCGAAAGAACACUCGGUGCAGUUUUCUACACCCUCGGUGGUUUUGAGAGGCACGAAGAUUAUGUCUGGUAUAUGGAAAAAUACAACGUGGGCUCUUGGAACUUUGCGGCAUCCAAAAGGUACUCCCCGCUCAUCCAACAAUUCUACGAAAGAGAGAUGCGGAAUAUAGCAGAUUUUGCCAAUUUUACGCUCACUAUUCUUGAUAUGAGGAAAGAGAUUCUAGAGAAUUCAGUGGAAAGUACCCAACCGAACUUCGAAAGUGCUACACUUUGGUUUGAUAGUAUGACGGUCUAUAUCGACAUACUAGAGAAGGUUCAGAAGAAUAUGGCCGAUGAGAUCUUGACCCGACUCGAGAAGGAGCUUGAGGACGACACUGAAAACAUCGCCGUCAGCAUCUUCCUCGUGGUAGUCGUCAUCAUAAUGUGUCCGCUCACCCUCCGGGCGAUCUGGUCAUUGACCACAGUCUUACAAAACUACGCCCUUACGCUGGCAACACAGACCAAGGAACUCAACAAGGAGAAAAAGCGAUCCACUUACCUUCUUAAUUCGAUGUUGCCGCCUUCGGUUGCUCUACGGUUGAUGAAUACGGAAGGCGUGAAUGGUGAACUGUACGAGUCAGCCUCGGUCAUGUUUGCCGACAUCGCCGGUUUCAGUCGGCUCUGUGGACGAAGCGCCCCGAUGGAGGUAAAUAACCGGGGGUAA